AUGGACCCAGGAAACAAUACAGGAAUUUCAAACUUUCACCUUCUAGGACUAUCAGAGGAACCAGAACUGCAGCCCCUCAUAAGGCUCUUCCUUUCCAUGUACCUGCUCACUGUAUUUGGAAACCUUCUCAUCAUCCUGACCAUCAGCUCUGACUCUCACCUCCACACCCCCAUGUACUUCUUCCUCUCCAAACUAUCCUUCAUAGACAUCUGUUUCACCUCCACCACCGUCCCCAAGAUGCUGUGGAACAUCCAGACUCACAGUAAGGUCAUUAACUAUGCAGGCUGCCUCAGCCAGAUGUAUUUUUUCAUACUCUUUACAGGAGUAGACAUCUUUCUCCUGACUGUGAUGGCUUAUGACCGCUUUGUGGCCAUCUGUCACCCCCUGCACUACAUGGUCAUCAUGAACCCCCAGCUCUGUGGACUGCUGGUUCUGGUGUCCUGGAUCAUGAGCAUCCUGAAUUCGUUGUUACAAACCUUAACGGUGUUGCGGCUGUCCUUCUGUACAGAGGUGAAAAUCCCCCACUUUUUCUGUGAACUCAAUCAGAUGAUACAACUUGCCUGUUCUGAUACUUUUCUUAAUACCAUGGUGAUGUAUUUUGCAGCUCUGCUGCUGGCUGGUGCUCCCCUGGCUGGGGUCCUUUACUCUUACUCUAAGAUAGUUUCCUCCACCAUAUGUGGGAUCUCAUCAGCUCAGGGCAAGUAUACAGCAUUUUCCACCUGUGCAUCUCACCUCUCCAUUGUCUCCUUAUUUUACUGUACGAGCCUAAGAGUGUACCUUAGCUCUGCUGUUCCCCAGAGCUCCCACUCAAGUGCAGUAGCCUCGGUGAUGUACAGAGUGGUCACACCCAUGCUGAACCCCUUCAUCUAUAGCCUAAGAAACAAAGACACAAAGAGAGCCCUGAUGAGAUUCUCUGGGAUGGCAGUUCUAAAAGGGCCAAUUGUCCAAGGCCUGAAGUGCCCAUGA